AUGUCUACUACAGACGGAACAUUUACCAACACAAGGUAUCGAGAGAGACAGGUUGAUGGAGACACUAACAAUACCAGGUAUCGAGAGAGACAGGUUGAUGUAGACUCUAACAAUACCAGGUAUCGAGAGAUACAGGUUGAUGUAGACACCAACAAUACCAGGUAUCGAGAGAGACAGGUUGAUGUAGACACCAACAAUACCAGGUAUCGAGAGAGACAGGUUGAUGUAGACACUAACAAUACCAGGUAUCGAGAGAGACAGGUUGAUGGAGACACUAACAAUACCAGGUAUCGAGAGAGACAUGUUGAUGUAGACACUAACAAUACCAGGUAUCGAGAGAGACAGGUUGAUGUAGACACCAACAAUACCAGGUAUCGAGAGAUACAGGUUGAUGGAGAAACCAACAAUACCAGGUAUCGAGAGAGACAGGUUGAUGUAGACACCAACAAUACCAGGUAUCGAGAGAGACAGGUUGAUGUAGACACUAACAAUACCAGGUAUCGAGAGAGACAGGUUGAUGUAGACACUAACAAUACCAGGUAUCGAGAGAGACAGGUUGAUGGAGACACUAACAAUACCAGGUAUCGAGAGAGACAGGUUGAUGGAGACACUAACAAUACCAGGUAUCGAGAGAGACAGGUUGAUGUAGACACUAACAAUACCAGGUAUAGGGAGAGACAGGUUGAUGUAGACACUAACAAUACCAGGUAUCGAGAGAGACAGGUUGAUGUAGACACUAACAAUACCAGGUAUCGAGAGAGACAGGUUGAUGUAGACACUAACAAUACCAGGUAUCGAGAGAGACAGGUUGAUGUAGACACUAACAAUACCAGGUAUCGAGAGAGACAGGUUGAUGUAGACACUAACAAUACCAGGUAUCGAGAGAGACAGGUUGAUGGAGACACUAACAAUACCAGGUAUCGAGAGAGACAGGUUGAUGGAGACACUAACAAUACCAGUUAUCGAGAGAGACAGGUUGAUGUAGACACUAACAAUACCAGGUAUCGAGAGAGACAGGUUGAUGUAGACACUAACAAUACCAGGUAUCGAGAGAGACAGGUUGAUGGAGACAUUAACAAUACCAGGUAUCGAGAGAGACAGGUUGAUGGAGACACUAACAAUACAAGGUAUCGAGAGAGACAGGUUGGUGUAGACACUGACAAUACCAGGUAUCGAGAGAGACAGGUUGAUGUAGACACUAACAAUACCAGGUAUCGAGAGAGACAGGUUGAUGUAGACACUAACAAUACCAGGUAUCGAGAGAGACAGGUUGAUGGAGACACUAACAAUACCAGGUAUCGAGAGAGACAGGUUGAUGUAGACACUAACAAUACCAGGUAUCGAGAGAGACAGGUUGAUGUAGACACUAACAAUACCAGGUAUCGAGAGAGACAGGUUGAUGGAGACAUUACCAGCACACGGUAUCGAGAGAGACAGGUUGAUGGAGACAUUACCAGCACAAGGUAUCGAGAGAGACAGGUUGAUGUAGACACUAACAAUACCAGGUAUCGAGAGAGACAGGUUGAUGUAGACACUAACAAUACCAGGUAUCGAGAGAGACAGGUUGAUGUAGACACUAACAAUACCAGGUAUCGAGAGAGACAGGUUGAUGUAGACACUAACAAUACCAGGUAUCGAGAGAGACAGGUUGAUUUAGACACCAACAACACCAGGUAUCAAGAGAGACAGGUUGAUGUAGACACCAACAAUACCAGGUAUCGAGAGAGACAGGUUGAUGUAGACACUAACAAUACCAGGUAUCGAGAGAGACAGGUUGAUGUAGACACCAACAAUACCAGGUAUAGGGAGAGACAGGUUGAUGUAGACACUAACAAUACCAGGUAUCGAGAGAGACAGGUUGAUGUAGACACUAACAAUAUCAGGUAUCGAGAGAGACAGGUUGAUGUAGACACUGACAAUACCAGGUAUCGAGAGAGACAGGUUGAUGUAGACACUAACAAUACCAGGUAUCGAGAGAGACAGGUUGAUGUAGACACCAACAAUACCAGGUAUCGAGAGAGACAGGUUGAUGGAGACACUAACAAUAUCAGGUAUCGAGAGAGACAGGUAUCGAGAGAGACAGGUUGA